UUGUUGUGUUGAUUACUGUGCAGGCUGCAUGCCUUGCGCAGACUCCUGUGAGUUCUUCGUUUAGAGAGCAGUGUAGACUUCUGGUGUGGUGGGCAAGGACGAGCAUCUGGUUCUGAAAUUGCCAGGUCUUGUGGUGGUGAAGUGCUGGAGAUCCUGGUGUAGUGAGGCUGUGGAGAGACUGCAACCGCUCUCUGGUGCGCGCUGCUCUCACUAAAACUACUGGAGAUCUGUCCAGCUGGAAUUUUAACCAUUCAUCCUCCUGUUUUCCUAUGGAUGAGGGGUUUGCUCUUUACGAAGGGGAUUUGUGACACUUUUUGAGCCAGUCAUGGAAAGUGAGGAGGAAUGGAAGAUCUCAGUGUGGCUGUGCCAGGAGGAGAAGCUGGUGUCAGGGCUCACCAAACGCACCACCUGCGCAGAUGUAGUGAAGGUGCUGUUGGACGACCACAACCAGAAGCAGGAGGCAGAGGGGUCCAUGCUCCUGGGACCCCCAGGAUCUUACUGCAUAGUAGAAAAAUGGAGAGGGUUUGAGAGGAUUCUACCAAACAAAACCAAGAUUCUAAGGCUAUGGACGGCGUGGGGAGAGGAACAGGAGAAUGUCAGAUUUGUACUGGUAAGGAGUGAGGCUUCACUGCCUAAUAUUGGACCGAGAAGUGCAGAAGCCAAAGUGGUCCUCAGCAGGGAGAGCCCGUGCCACGUUAAAGGGGCAACUAAAGCCACCACUGCUUUGAACAAAGAGAAGCAGCGCAGGGUAGUGAGGAAAGCCUUCAGGAAGCUGGCAAAAAUGAACAAGAAAAGUCAAGAAGAUUGUUCUAAGGACUCUAACUCAGUGGAGAAGAUGGAAACUUUGGUGCACCUGGUGCUGUCUCAGGACCACACAAUCAGGCAGCAGAUCCAGAGGAUUAAAGAUUUGGACAGAGAUAUUGAUAGGUAUGAGGCUAAAAUCCACUUUGACCGGAUGAAAAGACAUGGUGUCAAUUAUGUUCAGGAUACUUACAUGGUGGGAUCCAGUCCUGACCAAGCUUCAUCUUGCGACAGUGAUCCUGGUGGUAAAGUAAUACCUGAGAAACUGUUCGCAGAGUUUGAGGAUUAUGCUAAAAAAUGUGAAGAGGUUUUGGCUAUUCAAGACAAAAUAACACAACAAGAGGAUCUUCUUGAACAGAUUACCGUCCAAAUACAAGAAGAACUUAAUAAAAGGUGGAUGGACAGACGUCAGGAGGAGCUGUCAACCAAAGAACACAACGCAUUGGACACAAAUGGUGAGCAGGGAGAGUCUGAGAGUGGUUUGCUACUUGAGCAGGAAAGGGUUAAAACGGAACUUAGUACCAGUCUCUACAUAGGACUAAGGCUAAACACGGAUUUGGAAGCCAUCAAGGCCGAUUUGGAUUAUACUCAACAAGCGUGGAAUGAUAAGGAGAAGGAAUUGCAAAGUUUGCUACAGACUCUUAAUGAUCUGGACGUCUCCCAAGAUGACCAAAUUGCUGAAUUGGAUGAUGUUGAUAGCUGCGCAAUAAGCCCUGAUUCUGUAGUGAGAACAGUUUUGGAGAGCCCAGAUGUCUGGGUUGAGAAGGACGUGGGGAUGUGCACAAACUGUGAGGUCAAUGAUGAGGAUUCAGACACAGGAUUGAGUUCAAUGCAUAGCCAGGACUCUGAUUCUACACCAGUUUGUGAAUCAUUAGUUUAGAUAUUUUCCAAAUGUGUCCAACUCCAGUCCUUCAGGGUCUCAGACGUAUCAUGAUUUAAAUAUGUCCUGUCUUGAUCACACGUGAGUCAAUAUUCCAUUCAGUGUGGCUAUUAGUUAAUAAAAGGUGUUACUCACGUAUGCCAGAGUAUGACCUUAGCAAAUAGUGAUAGCUGCUGAAAGUGCAAUAUGUUGACUUCUAUAAAAAAAAGCGUUUUCUUCACCAUAUAAUUCUUCAGGCAGAGAGAUGUUUAAAUCGUGGCCUGGUUUUGGCCCUCGAGGAAUGGAGUUGGACAUUCUAAACAUUACUCUCAGGGACUUGUAUUUAUCAAAGACAUGAGAGAUUCAUACAAAUGUGGGCUUUAUGUUUUAAUCCACAACCUGUUCAGAUCAAACUCAUUUUUAAAAUACAACGAAAAAUGCAUCCAUUGCAUAUGAGCUGAAAAAAUGCAAGUAUAUUUUUAAAUGCUAGUAAAUAUUUUUAUUAUUAUGUACACUUAAUAUCACACA